AUGUCGCUCUCAAAAGCCGAGUCCGACGUAAUCCUCAACCGAGCCAACGUCGCCCUCUCCCGCAGCCAAAGACUCGUAGCCUCAUGGCUACCGCAACAGACAGCCGAUGAGCUAGCGAACGUCAAAACCGACGAAGAGCUCCAAAAAGAAGAAGACGAGGUUUUCACCGCGGUGCCAGAGAGACUCGGCAUCGGAGCCCCCCUCCCCCAGAAAGAACCCGACGGAAGCUGGAAGCGCACAGAGCUGGACUCGAAUGAUAAACUGCGCAAACAGCUUCUUGGAAAGAACUAUGAUCGCGUUAUGAAGGCUAAGGCUGAGGAGAAGGCGGCGGCGGCGGCUGUUCGGGCUGCGCCUGCUUUGAAUGAUGCUAAGGAUGUCGAGGAUGAUGAUGAAGAGGAUGGUCGGAUGGCUAUGCUUGCUCGACAGAAGAACAAGAGGAAGGGUGGCGCUGUGCAUCCUGCGGCGGCGGCGGCUGCUGCCGCUGCUGGGGAUGAUAAGGGCGGGGAGAGUGAGGAUGUGCCGGCUCCGGCGGCGCGAUCUAAAGGGAGGAAGAAGGCGACGAGCUAUCUGGAUGAACUCCUGGCGGAGCGUGCGAAGAAGAGAAAGAAGAGGUGA